AGUGGUCCCCAGUUCGUUCAGUAGGUAGUUUUUUACGGUGAAACGUGAUGAGAUGCCGCUGAGUUUUGAGCGUAACAUUUCCCUCGACAGCUACGCAGGACGGACAGCUCUGAAGCCCAUGGAUGUAGCCUAGCUGCCUGCUAGCCAGCCACCGAGAAAGGUAGCCAUUGUUUGAGUUGUUGGCUAACAUGGCAACGAAAGCUAACGCUAGCAGCGUCGGAUAGACGAGCUUCCCUGCGGAGAUAUACGCAGAAGAUACUGCUGCGGUCAUCCUGCAUGAUGUGUGACAGUAGUGCGAUCAGUGAGCAGUCCCUCUGUCCCUCGUCUUGGGCCAGCCCCCCCAUUUCACCAUCUUCCUAAAGUCUCUGUCCCAACCUGCCAAGAUGACCGACAGGAAGGAGCCACCCUUCUUUAAUGAUGACAGCGUGGGAGCUUUUCAAUACAAGCUCCCUUUCUAUGACACUAUGGAGCUCUUCAUAGAGACCCUGACAGGGACCUGUUUUGAGCUGCGUGUGUUGCCGUUUGAGGCUGUCAUUUCAGUCAAAGCCAAGAUCCAGAGGCUGGAAGGUAUCCCUGUUGCCCAGCAGCACCUUAUCUGGAACAAUGUGGAGCUGGAUGAUGAACAUUGUCUGCAUGACUAUGGCAUUGCAGAGGGCUGCACUUUGAAACUGGUCUUAGCUAUGAGGGGAGGUCCAAUUAACACCAGGAGAGUAACCAUGGAGGAUCCUGUCAAAGAUGUGGCUGACCUGAUGGAGGGCACAAAGGAUGAGGGUUGGGAGAAAAGCCUGGCUAACAAGCAGGUCACAUUUGUGGUCUAUCGUGAGGGUGACCAGCUAAACUUCUUCCGAGUGGUCGACAGGGGAGAUGGUACCUUGACCCCUCUCUCUGAAUCUCUGAGCGGCGGCUCGGUGUACAAUGUGUUUGCAGAGGAUGAGGAUGGAGAGAGUUCUGCAGCUGCACAGCACAACCUAGAGAACUCCAUCACGAUGAACAAAAUGAAGCUGCUCAAAGCCAAGAUGGAGGACAUGAACCUCAACAAGAAGAAGUCGGCAAAGAUAAAACCACGGGCCCCUGUCAGUCCACAUCCCUGCAGUGGCUCUCUCGGGCCUUCCAGCACACGACACCACCAUCGCCUCCUUCGCUCGCUCCCACAGAUCGGCCAGCAUCGGCAGUCAAAUGCGCCUCUACCUCCAAUUGCAGACCAUGAAUCCGUAGACCCCACCUUGCCCUCUGCUGCUGCGACCUCUGCCCACUUUUCCAUCCCUAGACGGCCGCCUCCCUCUUUCUCGUCUCCCUCUUGUUACAUGCUUCAGGAGGAGGAACCAUGGGAGACAUGCCCACCAUUUGCAAAGAUUCGCCCCCCUCCCAAAGUGUCCCGGUUGGACAUUGGCAGCACCAGGCUAAUGAGGGACUGUGUGUACCCUCAGCUCCCUCCACUGUGUACCAGACGGCCACCUGAAGCUGCCUUUGACCCAGUUGAGCCCACAGGGGAGACUGUUGGGCUGGGUUUGUUAGAGGAAGCUGUUGGACUGGUGGCACCAACACAACCGGGUGCUCCGUUUGGGGAACUGUUAGACCCUUUGAGUCUGGAUGUGUCCACCCAGCCAGAGGGAGGCCGUCAGUCCCUUGAGGUUGGGCCUCAGCACCAGCUGCCACACUCUCCCACCCCACUUAGUCCCUGGACACUUGGGACCAGUGAUACUCUCACCAGCAGAGCUGAUGGCACACAGCUUGGCACAUCAUUUCACAUCAGCCCUCCCUCUGCAUUACCUUCCUCCACUUCAACCAGACUUCUGUCUCAGCCUUUUGAUUCCACGGUCUCCUGUUUACAGCCUAACCUUCAAGCACAAUCCUCAGUGAAGCCAGGCAACAUAUCUCCACACCCCUCGACCAGCUUGGCAACUCUUCCACCUCGCCUUCGUGGUGUUAAAGUAGAGUCACCUGGCAAGAGACCAGAGCUCAUCUCCAAAAGAGAAGCAAGAGGCAUCACCAAGAUGGCAAACCAAGCCUGUAAGGAGCCACUGGGGUCUCUCAACAACUCGGAGCUCUUGGCUUCUCUCUCCACAAGGGCUCCAGACAGCAGCAGCAGCCGCAGCAGCAGCAGCAGGGACAACCUUGGAGAGAGUCUGGGACUUGCAUUGGCAUUGCCUCCUGCCACUGCCUCAGGACAGGGCAGCCUUGGCCCCAGGCUGCCAUCCAUCCCUACUAACAGGCUCCUUCAGGAUGAUCUCAUUAGACAAAUGUCACCGUUGCACCGAGCAGCAGCCUCUUACAUGACCACCAACACUCUUGCAUCAGCUGGGGGAGUCGUGACUUCAUUCGGGACAAUAGGCACUCCAACAUACCACCUACCUCCAGUCAAGGCUCCCACAGGCACCAAGAAGAAGAGUUCAAAGCACUGCUUCCUGUGUGGCAAGAAGACUGGUCUGGCCACCAGCUAUGAAUGCAGGUGUGGCCACAACUUCUGCGCGACCCACCGCUACGCAGAGACUCACGACUGCACUUACGAUUACAAGAGUGCUGGACGACGAUUUCUGCAAGAGACCAACCCGCUGAUCAGUGCUCCCAAGCUGCCUAAGAUCUAGAACCUGGACCCGACCGAAGACCAAGAAGUCAAACUGACCCCAACAGUCUGCAAAGACAUUUCUAGUAAGAAGAGGAAACUUAUAACACCACUGUGUGCUUUUUUUUUUUUUUUUUUUUAAUCAGCCAAGUUUGCUUAAAAUUGAAAUAAAACAUUCUGUAAAGCCAAGUGUGAACAAAGACCAGUGGACUGAAAUGGCACAGAACUAAUUAUCACCUCUUGACAAUGUGAAAAUGUUUAUCCUUUUUAAUCUAUUACCUUUAUUCUUUUUUCCAUUGCGUAAAAAAACAAAACAAAAAAACCUGUGCAUGUAUGUAGGUAGUUUUUUGCUAAAUAUAUCUGCUGCACGUUCAGACAUAUCUAUUUUAGUUUUGACAUCUUCUUUGUUUUUUUAAUAGGACCGCUAAUGACUUCAUUUGACAAGUCUUUGACAGAUGCACUUUAGAACUAUCAUAUUUAUACAUUUGAUUUUCCUUGUUGUGGGGGGCGGGUGGGCGGGGGGGGAAGCUGCAUACAUUUCUGUGUUUGUCUUACAAAGUGUUUAUGUUGUUGUUAUCCAGAUUUUUAUAUUCUGCACAUCUAAAUGUCUUUCUUACGUGGGCACAUACAUACCGACAUCACUAAUGACAUUUUUCUUAAAAGAGAACAGUACAUCCACUUAUUGAUGAAAUACUUAAUAUUUAUUAAUGAAUACUACUUAUUUAAAUUAAAGGUUGGUUUUGAAAUAGCAGGUAUGCAAUGUGUGUAGGUGUGAAUGUCAAGUAAUCCGUAUGACUAUCGAGUAAACUGUAUUAGGACUGUGGGGUGGGGUUGGUUAUGGUAUUUAUGGUGUGUUUCCAGUAAGGUGGUUGCCAUAAAAAAAAUAAUAAAAAAUCUUUUGUAAGUCUUUUUUUUAUUGCUCAGCUGUUGCAAAAACUUUAAAUGCUGUUAAAGUAUCUACAGGGGUUUGAUCUAAUAAAGUUUCUUUCAAUACA